GUAUUUCAAAGUCAAUGAAGCCCAAUAAAGCCCAUUAUGUUUAAAUAGUAUAGCUAUCAAACUAUAUAUAAACUUUACAUGCGCUAAUACACCGUUUUCGCUUGCCCUAAACUCAAUUCCCAAUUUCCUCUCAGUACUCAGAACAUAGUUGUGAAGGAAGCUGGUUGUCAUGGCGUACUGUCACCAACGCGAUUUCUUGUUCUGCAAUAUGUGUGGGACCAUGCUAUCAUUAGAUUCCACCAAGUUUGCUCAUUGCCCCUUGUGCAAAUAUAAGCGAAGAGCCAAAGAGAUUGCGCAAAGAGAAAUUAGUUAUACUAUGAAUGCUGAGGAUAUGCGGAAGGCGUUGGGAAUAUCUACAUUUGAUGAUGACGAAGGAGAGAAAGAUAAAAAAGCAAUAGACUAUAGUGCACAGUGUAAAAAUUGUCCCAAGGUGGGCCUCCAAUACGAAGCCAGACAGAUGAGGUCUGCUGACGAAGGACAAACAAUCUUCUAUACAUGUACGGAUUGUGGCCAUACUCGUACAGAGAAUUCCUGAAUCCCGGUUGUUAUUCCCUUGGUUACAACUGUAAUUGAAGCUUACCCCCCACCCCCAAUAUGUAGAACUCAGUCCUAGUACUAUGCCUUCUUGUUUCAUUUAUUCCCCGCUUAAUACCUGAUCAAUUAACUAGCAAUGUCAUUUUCUGUUGCUCUUUCUGCUGUUGUGAAUCAUGUAGUUGAAUAUCUAAACAUAAAUUCCGGAAAAUUUAUACUC